CUUUCUUUCUUCCCGGAAAAUGAGGGAAAGUGAGGAAGAAUAAGUGAAGCAGAGAAGAAGAGAGAGAACAAACUCAUUCUUUUUCUUCUCCAAUACAUUUUUCUUGUCUCUUCUCUUUUAUUUUCCUUUCCUAUUUUUUCAUUUUCUUUGUGGAUUGCAGUAUUUUAGUUUCCUAUGAGAAAACAUGGAUGGCAGCUUCCUUACCACCCACUCCAGGUGGUGGCUGUUGCGGUGUUUUUGGCAUUGGGGUUUGCUUUCUAUGUAUUCUUUGCUCCUUUUGUCGGGAAGAAGAUAUUUCAGUACAUUGUGAUGGGUAUCUAUACUCCACUUAUUACAUGUGUCUUUGGCCUAUAUAUAUGGUGUGCUGCAGCCGAUCCUGCAGAUAUUGGAGUUUUCAGGUCUAAAAAGUAUCUCAAAAUUCCUGAAAAUGGAAAACAUGCCCGGCCAAAGGAUUCAAAACAAGGUGGGGGAUCAACUCCAUCAUUGCAUGAUGGUAGUGUAGUUACGAUUGGUGAGAAAUCUGUGGAGAAGGAUGUGUUAGGUACAGAUGCAACUUUGAAGGAUCUAACUCGUGAAAUAGAGAAGAAACAUUCCUCGCCAGAGCAUUCAUCUUGUGUGUCGUUGCUUUUCUCCCCAUGUGCUUUUAUUUGUAAUUGUUCUAGUGCAAGGGAGGAAUCUUCUGAGCUUCAGAUGAGUGAAGAUGGCAUGUUCUAUUGCAGUUUGUGUGAAGUUGAGGUUUUCAAGUACAGCAAGCACUGCCGAGUUUGUGAUAAAUGUGUUGAUCGCUUUGAUCAUCACUGCAGGUGGCUCAACAACUGUAUAGGCAAAAGGAACUAUCGACAAUUUUUCACCCUCAUGGUUUCUGCCCUUCUCUUGCUUGUUGUACAAUGGUCAACUGGAAUACUGGUGCUUAUCUGCUGUUUUCUUGAACGGAAAAGAUUCUCUGUGGAUAUCUCCUCUAAGCUAGGAAGCAGUUUCUCUUUGGUUCCAUUUGUUAUUGUGGUGGCAGCGUGCACUAUUUUGGCCUUGAUAGCGACUUUACCACUUGCUCAGCUUUUCUUCUUUCACAUUCUUCUCAUAAAAAAGGGAAUAAGCACAUAUGAUUACAUAAUUGCUUUAAGGGAACAGGAGCAAGAACUGCAAGAAGCCGAAUGUCAGCAAUCUGCCCAGAUGUCUCCUGCCAGCUCACUUACUGGAUUAAGCAGUGCGAGCUCCUUUUCUACUUUCCACCGUGGUGCAUGGUGUACACCCCCUAGGUUGUUUCUUGAAGACCAGUUUGAUGUAGUGCCCCCAGAGACCGGAUCUGUUAGUUCGUAUGGAAAAAAGAUGGUGAGGGAAGAAGCAACUAAGAAGAAGAAUCCGGGAGCAGUGAAGAUUAGUCCCUGGACGUUGGCACGACUUAAUGCAGAAGAUGUUUCAAAAGCAGCAGCAGAGGCAAGAAAAAAAUCAAGAAUCCUGCAGCCUGUGGUUAGACAGGAAGCCCAUUUUGGAUUAGACAGGGAAAGCAGCUAUGGUAGCAAUGGUCGAAGGAUGUUCCCAAGGUUUGACAAUAGUAAAAGGCGAGCUUCUAAUAAACGGGCGCGCCUCCCAGCAAACCUACCACUGGAUCCACUGAUGAAUAUUUCAGCUAAAGCUGCUGAAAAAGGUUUUGCUGAAACAUCAAGUAGUUUGGCGCCUCUUCAACUCGAAGCACGAAGUGCUUUUCAAACAAGCCGAGCAAUGUCUAGCUCAGCUGGAAUUGUUGCUUCUUCUCCUGAAAGCAGCUUGGAUUCACCAGACAUUCACCCAUUCCGCGUAUCCUCAUCUGGAGCUGAAGAGGCAAGACAGUUAACAGGUUUAGCUUCAUCUGGUGGCAUAGCUCAUAAGGGUAUUCCUCCAUUAUCAAGGUCUACCAGUGACGGCUACGAGGCAUCUGGUGGAGAAGAUAGUGACCAGGUUCCUACCAGGUUUGUGCAUAGAUCAACAAACUGGAGUAAUAUUCUAUUUAGCACUGAUCAUGUCGAGAGGGUUGUUAAACUAAAAGUGCCUUCAUCAUCCAACCAAGCUAACAACAGAAUACUUUGACCACUGAAGUUUGGUUCACUUUGAUUUGAUUGAAGGGAAAGUUUCAACAUUCUUUCACUCAUGCACUUGGAAGUAUUUCAAGGAUCAAACUGGGAAUGCUCAGGUGUGCCAAAUUGAAUUUGUAUAUGGUUUGAGAUUCCUGAAUCAGCGCUUUGUGGGAUGAAAGGUGUUUUGGUCGAGCUAAGCGUUAUUGUGACUGCAGCCCCUGUGAUCAUUGGCCCUCACCCUACGCUACUGACAAGAAGACUAGCUUGCCGGUGUAUUGUUUGUAAUAUACUCGAAUUGUACUCCCCAUGGUGGAUUUUUGUUAAAAUGGAUUUUUUACUCUUGUAUGGCUUCUUGUUGACAUUUCGGCAACUCUUGCUUUGGUGAAAUUUACACUUCAAAAAGUCACUGAAUCUUUGUUUCCUAA